GAUCCAUAUUUCUUGCGCCUUUUUCUGAUGCUGCAUUGUGGAGCGAGACUAUGGGAAAGGCUCGUUUUUGGGAACAACCUUCAUUUUAUGGUGUAGACCUUUCUGCAUUGUAUCCUGAUGCUAAAGAUGAAAUGUUUGGCAUGCCAGUAGUUGGUAGCUUUGAUCCACGUACCUUAAUUGCACAAGCAAACCCGGGUGGGUACGUGGUUGACUUUUAUACUGUUACAAUGGAGGAACUUCAAGACAUGACAAUACCUUUCAUCUGGCAGACUUCUUAUACCGGAAUUAUUCAUGGAAUAGCCGGAUGGUUUGACCUACAUUUCUCACCACCACCAUCAGUUCCAAGUGGUAACACAAUUGCAAUGUCUACUGGUCCUGCAGCAGAACGAACUCAUUGGCAGCAAGUCAGAUUCUUGUUGAAAGAGCCAUUGGCG